AUGAGCUCUCAAGGCAUGACGCGCAAAAGGCCGGCCCCGGGCACGACUCCUGCAGUACAUCCACAGAUGGGCGCGGUUCCCAACUAUUCAUCCGCGAACCCGAAUUCUCAAUUAUCCAACGACCAAUUCUUACAGUGGGGGCAAAACCCCGCUGUCAACGCCGUGAAUACCUCCUCCUUCACCGAAAAUCCUGCAUACCAUCAAGGAAGUUUGAAUGCUCCGGAUGUGCCUGCUCCGGGAACAGCCAACAACAACCAACUUGCCCGUCGCCAGCAGGCGAACCAGCUUGUCAGUCGAAACCGCGGGUACGAGCAAGCGCCCGUAGCCUAUUCAGACCAUAAUCCAAGUGGAAAUCCGGGAGAGUCGGGUGCAUGGGGUGAAAGCCUCGAGGAGUUAUACUCGCGGGCGCAGGCCGCGAAGAGAGAGUCGCAAGCGAAGCGGAAACAAAUUCCACCUUUCGUGCAGAAACUCAGCAGUUUUCUCGAUGAGUCCAAGAAUACGGAGUUGAUUCGAUGGUCCGACGACGGCAAUUCUUUCAUCGUGCUAGACGAGGAUGAGUUUGCGAGGACGCUGAUCCCCGAACUUUUCAAACACAACAAUUACGCAUCUUUUGUCCGACAGCUGAAUAUGUAUGGAUUCCACAAGAAGGUUGGCCUUUCCGACAACUCCAUGCGCGCCAGCGAGCGAAAAAACAAGAGUCCGAGCGAAUAUGCAAACCCCUACUUCAAGCGUGGUCACCCGGACUUGCUCUGGUUGAUACAGAAACCCAAAAACACGCCAGGUCACACUAGUAAGGGGAGCAAAGGCGGAACCCGUGUGAAGACAGAGGACGUGGAUGAGAAUGAGAUAGAUGAUUAUGGGGAUGAUAGCGUGCCUGCAUCUCGUGAGAGCCGGCCAAGACCUCAGCAGCUUUCCCUCCUCACAGAAACCCCUAUGCAAUCAGAUCAGUUGUCUGGGGUGUACCGAGAACUGCAAGCGAUUCGUCAACAGCAACAGAUUAUUUCAAGUACCAUAACUAGGUUACGGAAGGAGCAUGAGCAGCUCUAUGCACAGGCCGCAAACUUCCAAGAGCAACACACUCGCCACGAGAACUCAAUCAACGCCAUACUCACAUUUCUCGCGACUGUUUAUAAUCGCAGUUUGCAAGGGCAGGAUACAAACCAAAAUAUCGCGAAUUCUUUUGCUGGAGCCAUCUCUGGGGAUCAGGGAAACAUUGUCGAUGUGGGCGAUGACUUUUCUUUGAGUUCUUUGGCCGGGCUGACUAGCCCUACUGGUCAAAGAACCAUGAAGAAACAGCCUUUGCUUUUGAAAGCUCCCCCUGUCGUUGACGAGAACAACCGUGCAUCUACCAUUUCCCCGGCGGCAAAUGGAUCCUAUGAGACCAGAUCUCGGGGUCAUGCCCGGCAGCCAAGUGCUGGCAAGCCUGGCCAUGUUGAGGAGGUUUUCGAUAACAGCCCACGGCAGAGCAAAUCUGAGCAUCCGGGGCAACCAAGUGACGCAAAUUCCCCUCAGCAGGACAUCAUGUCCGUCAUUCAGAACUCUAAUGCCCGAAAUGGCCUGGCCACAAGCUUUUCCGACUUCCCCAAUGUCCUUUCUUCCCUGGAAACAUCUGGCGGAAAUGUGCCUCUUACUGCUCACCAGCGUGCUGAUAUGCUUCGUCUCAUGGCCAAUGAGACCAACACAGCAGACCCCAGUGCUCAAGGCUCUGCAAACAACGCUCUUAUGACUCCGACUCCGCCCCCUAUGCCCCCGAAUUACUCAGGUCGCCUCGCAAACACUCGCCAAGAAAUUGACAACCUAGUCAAGAUGCAAGCCGAGCAGGAUCGAUCCGUUCAAAACCUUACCAAUCUUCUUCAGCCUUUGAGCCCAACUGGUGCCAUACCAGGAUUGGGACCAGAUGGGAACGGAAAUGUUCCUCCUCCUCCACUUGACCUUGAUACCAUAUUCAACAAUGACUACUUUACCGAUAUUGGAGACACAGAGCACGAUAGGAAGCUCGCUAAUCUUGAUCCCACUGGGCAACCCCCUGAGUUGGGAGCAAACCCGCACGAACAUUUGGGCCAAGACGAGGGUGACACCAAUGAUUUAUUUGACUUCGGACAAAUUCCUGGUGAUGGUGAUCUCUUUGACGGCGGCCACGGGCAAGAUCAGUACAGCUACGGUUUUGACGGUACUGGUUACGGUGGUGAUACCGGGUCUGGAAACAUGGAUUCAGGCCGAGUUAUUGAGCAGUUGACUGAUAGCGAGGCUACCAGUCCUGCAACAGCAGCGGAGACACCCGGUGAUCCUAUCGAACACGGAAGCAGUACGAAGCGGCGCAGAAGGGCGUGA